AAGCAGUACUCGUCUACGGAGACUUCAUUGUUUUUUCUCCAUCGUCUUUAAUAUUCUCUCUUGUACUUCUCGCUAGCCCUGUACUGUUUUCUGGAAUUCUAUAAUCACUAAUCUUUCCCUUUCUCGACAAUUCUUUCCUUGUCUGUCUCUCUUUCGUUAUUCAUCUCCGUACGUGCAUGAGAUAAAGAUGGCGGCAUUGAACAUUAAAUCGGUACUGUUUCUUGUUUCGAACUCCAAUGAUGGAAACCAUGCCGUUCAGGAUCUCAUGUCUCGCCGAGGAUUCAUCAAAAUGAGCCGGCAGCUAAAGUCUCGGGGUACGAGACGUCGGAAAUUCCGUGUUUUCUGCGAGUCAACGGUAAUACAAAUCAGGAAGUGCUCACCUGUUUUGGAGAGCAUAUUGUUGCCAGAGAAUGGAGUAUUGCCAUCUUCAGAAUGGAAAACAGUUCCUGAUAUUUGGAAGACAGCAUCAGAGAAGUUUGGCAACCGCAUAGCAUUAGUGGACCCAUACCAUAAUCCUCCAACAAAUCUAAGCUAUAAGCAGCUUGAGAAGGAAAUUGUGAGCUUUGCUGAAGGUCUUAGAGUUAUUGGCUUAAAACCAGAUGAAAAGAUUGCACUUUUUGCGGACAAUUCAUGCCGAUGGCUAGUUGCAGAUCAAGGUAUAAUGACCACUGGAGCAAUCAAUGUGGUGAGGGGUUCAAGGUCCUCAGUUGAAGAGCUUUUGCAAAUAUACAAGCAUUCUGAAAGUGUUGCACUUGCUGUCGACAAUCCUGAAAUGUACAGCCGAAUUGCAGAAACCUUCCACUCCCAUGCAGAUGUAAGAUUUGUCAUCUUACUUUGGGGGGAAAAAUCAAGUAUCACAAGUGAAGUAAUGGAUGGACGCCCCAUAUAUAGUUAUAACGAGAUCUUAGAUUUGGGGAAUGAGAGUCAUAUGGCUUUGCUUCACUCACAAGAAGCAAGGCAUCAAUACACAUAUGAACCGAUCAACUCCGAUGAUGUGGCUACACUUGUUUAUACUAGUGGAACUACUGGCAAUCCAAAAGGUGUUAUGCUCACGCAUGAAAAUCUGCUUCACCAGAUUUUGAAUCUUUGGGAUCCUGUACCUGUUGUGCCCGGGGAUAGAUUCCUGAGCAUGCUUCCUCCUUGGCAUGCAUAUGAACGUGCUGCUGAAUAUUUCAUAUUCUCGUUAGGAUGCGAGCAAGUAUACACUACGGUCAAAAACUUGAAGGAAGAUUUAAAACGUUAUCAGCCACAGUAUCUAAUAUCAGUUCCUUUGGUAUAUGAGACAUUAUACAGUGGAAUUCUGAAGCAGAUAAAUACAAGCAGCCCUGCUCGUAAGCUCAUUGCCUUGUUAUUUCUAAAGAUCAGUUUCGCAUACAAGGAGGCCAAAAGGAUAUAUGAGGGGAAAUGCUUAACAAAAGAUCAGAAACAGCCUUCUUACCUUGUUUCAGUUUUGGACUGGUUAUGGGCCAGAGCCAUUGCUGCUCUAUUGUAUCCAUUGCAUUUGUUGGCAAGGAAAUUAGUUUACAGUAAAAUUCACUCAAGCAUUGGUAUUUCUAAGGCUGGAAUAAGUGGAGGUGGUAGUCUUUCCUCGCAUGUUGACAAGUUCUUUGAGGCAAUUGACAUAAAAUUGCAAAAUGGAUAUGGUUUAACAGAGUCAUCUCCUGUUGUUGCUUGUCGGCGUCCAAACUGUAAUGUCCUUGGCUCAAUUGGGCCUCCCAUUCGGCACACGGAAAUAAAAGUAGUAGAUGCAAAAACAGAUAAGGUCCUCUCCCCUGGUUCAAAAGGCAUUGUCAAAGUCAAAGGACCACAGGUGAUGAAGGGCUACUACAAGAAUCCAAUGGCUACAAAGCAAGCUAUUGAUGAGAAUGGAUGGCUAAAUACUGGUGAUCUUGGUUGGAUUGUUCCUAAUCAUUCUAUAGGGCGAUCUCGCAAUUCUUCUGGUGUUAUUGUUCUUGAAGGUCGUGCCAAGGAUACUAUAGUGCUUUCAUCAGGUGAAAACGUUGAACCAUCUGAGAUUGAAGAAGCUGCGAUGGGUAGCAAUUUGAUUCAACAGAUUGUUGUCAUUGGUCAGGAUAAACGACGUCUUGGAGCUCUUGUUGUACCACAUAAAGAGGAGGUUCUUUUAGCUGCAAAAAAUUUGUCCAUGGUUGAUUCUGACGCUACAGAAGUUAGCAAGGAGAAAACAUCUAAACUAUUACACGAAGAACUACAAAAAUGGACGACAGGUUGCAUGUUUCAAAUUGGGCCUAUCCUCAUCAUUAACGAGCCUUUUACGAUUGAUAACGGUUUGCUGACUCCAACAAUGAAAGUCAGGAGGGACAAAGUAACAGAUCUAUACAAAGAGCAAAUUGAGGAUCUAUACAAGUGACUUCCUCAAAAUAUUGGGUUGUAAUUUUGAACCAAUGGUAUUUAAUUAAUAACUCAGUUGCCUUAGUGUUCAAGGUGCCUACAGGUUUUUUUUUUUAAUUGUAUUUCUCUUUUUACUUUUUCCUUGUAUCCAAAAAUAAAAAUAAAAAUGAAGUGAUUGAUAUAAUUAUUUUCUUAAA